UCGCCGGCUUCUAAAACAUUUGCGCGCAGCAACAUUUACGUUCAUUUUGCGUUGCGUGGCCGAGACCUUUUAUCCAAACGUAAUAUCCGCGUUUUUUACGUCUAAGAAGCGUGCGCCAUCGCUAUAAUAUUUUGCAGAACUUGUGAACAGCAUCAUCGGGCCGUGCAGAAAGCUGCUGUAGCACUUUCAACGGAGGUGUACAGCUGAAACGGGCGACCAUGGAUUCUCUGAUGCAAACAAACCUCUACGAGCUCCUUCAGGUCGCCGUUGGCGCUGACGAGAAGGAGAUCAAGAGCGCAUACCGAAAGAAGGCAUUGACGUGCCACCCGGACAAGAACCCCGACAAUCCCCGAGCAGCCGAACUCUUUCAACAGUUGUCCCGUGCCUUGGAGGUGCUCACCGACCCGGCUGCACGAAAUGCAUACGAUGCGGUGCUCAAAGCUCGCGAGGCGGCCAAGAUCCGCCACCAGGGUAUGGACGCCAAACGGCGCAAACUCAGGGAAGAGUUGGAGGCCCGCGAGGCACCGGGACAAGCAGCGGCGUCGGCUGCAACAGCCCAGCAGCGACUCGAAAAGGAGGUGGAAAGGCUGCGCCGUGAGGGCUCUCGACAGCUGGCUGAAGAGCGGGAACUGCUGCAACGCCAAAUGAAACAACAGAUGCAGCAGAGGGACGAACGGCCUGACGAUCUGACGAGGGUGAAGGUCCGCUGGAAGCAGCAGCCAGGACUUAAGGGCUACACCGAGACAAGCUUGCGGCAACGGCUUUCCCAAUACGGAACCAUCAGCUGCCUUGUCUUCCGCAAUGGAUCGGCUCUCGUGGAGUUCGAGCGUCCAUCCGCAGCUCGCCUGGCGUCCCAGUUGGAACUAGGGAACUCCGAUGAAGGUCCGCUUACUGUCCGCCUGCUGGGCGACUCGAAAGGCGGCGAGAGCACACCACCUCCACCACCGCCGACGCAAACCUCUCACGCCGAUGACGACUAUGAGGAUCUCGUAUUGCGAAAGCUGCAGCAGGCUGCUGCUGCUUCGCAGCCAUCAUAACCAUGGUUAUACUCGUGCUCAUUGACUGGACUGUGCUUCACUUCACCAUCGUGUAUGCCUCGCAAAGCUCGGUGCCUUGCAAGACAUUCAGCUUCAGAGUACCAGUGCCGUGCCGGAUGCUCUGUUAAUGUGUACAUAAUGAAGACUACUCACGAACACACAAUCAACUGGUGGAGUGUGAAUAUAUAGAUCUAACCUCGAUGUAACGAACUUAGUUUUAUGUAAGAUGCAACUUGGUUAUGAUGAAGUUUGAGUGUAUAUAGUUGCAUUUUACAUUAAAGUUAGCUCGUUAUGUCUGAAAAUUCGUUAUAACCGAUAUUUGGUUAAAUCGAGGUUUGAGUGCACCGUAUGUAGCGAUUUUCCAGAUGCAACCAAAGACAUUUGAGGUAGUUUUGGUUGUGAAUAUAUCAUAUCUAAUACUUUUCUGGGAAGUGUCAAAUUAGAAAUGGCCAUAUUUACGCUAUGUAAAAAGUGUUCACAACCUGGUCUUUAUACUUUCGGCAUUCAAAUUUAUAUCAGCGAAUUCCUCGGGACAUUUUAGACAGUGCAAAUGAUCAUUGUACAACCAGCAAUGUCUAGCUCUUCAAGCAAAGCAGGCCUCUGCACAUCGUUUUGCAUAUUAAAGCCAUGCUAUGCCAUCGUGGGUGAAGGUUAUUGUACUUUGUCAAACCAAUUUCAUGUUUAUUUGCAUGUGGUUAACAUUUUGAAACUGUUCAAGAUGUUUUGCUCAUGGCUGCUCUUCAGUUCAAUAUUAGAAAAAUGAGUUAUUUGCACACCUUGUCAACCAUUUAUUGGCGCCCCAUACCCAGUAAUGCGAAAGUGCACUGGUUACUACUUAGAUGUUCCAUUAUUACUAUUCAAAGUAAAAGCACUUGUGGGCUUUUACAAACUUGUUGCACAAAACAGCACUGUAGCAGGGCGUGUCCUUUGCAGGAUUGCCAAGUGCAACCUUAAGUGUUUGGUUUAGGAGUGCUGCUGCAAGUUUACCUGCAUAAAAACUUGGUGGAUGGUUAAUUACCCAAAGGACCUAGCUAUAGCACCUAAUACUAAUCAAGUCGAUCUGACAAAAAAUGGCUAAUUACAUCUGAUAUUUAGUAUUCCAUGAUGCUAACUGUUUUGAAGAAACACGGAACGGUACAAAGACAAGUCUUCUGGUUCCUCACCAUAUUCUACCCCGCCCAGAUGGGCGGCCAUCAAACGUUGGAUUUCAUAGUGCAAGCACGCUAUCCCGUAAUAUCAUGAAACCUACCUUUGAUCACAGCUUAGGCGGUUUUACGGAAAAACAUGCACAUAUACUCCUGCAAUCAAUUUUUUGCUGUGCUUAAUACAGUGAUUGAAGCGACUUUUUGCUUUCUGGAGCUGGAAAAGUAUUGCUUUGGAGCAGCCAUGAGUAUUUUCAGAGCAAUAAAAAUGUUAGUUUGGAGCAGCUAUCGGUGUUUCAGGAGCAAAUACAAAAUUUGUUAUACAC